AUGGCCGCUCUCCUAUACUUCAAGGAGAAAGUACAUAGGAAGAAGCUACAGCAAGCUGACAUGAUUCCAUUACUAUUUCUGAGGCUUCUCUGCCAUAUAUUGGAGCAUAUGGGUUACCCUAUUGAGCCCCAUCUCGAGCGCCACCACCAUUGCCUAGAGCAUUUCAUUCCCGACCAAUGGACACAGCUAGCAGAGAGGAAUUCAACUGAAUUAGCACAUGAAGCAGCCCCACCCAAGCCAGUACCUCCAGUGCCAGUACCUCCAGCUGUCUCUACUGAUCCUCCAGCUACACCCCCUAUCUCACCGCCUGUCCCACCAGCUAUACCUCCUUCAUCACAGGACUUUAUCACCAUUUCUGGCUCAGAGUUUUAUGGCAUGAUACAACAGCAUCUGGGUCUUGCACCACCUCAGACUGAUAUUCCUGGACCAUCAGAGCUGAGAGCUCCAACUGAGGAGACGAUUCCACCUGUGGAGACCAUCACAGCUGAUGUCCCACAUCAGGCCACUCACGAGACAACCUCAGAGCCAUCAUGUCCACCAGAGAACCCCGCUCCUUGA